AUGACACUAUUAGAAAAACCAAUUGAUACUCAAGUUAAUUGCGUGGAAAUUGUCAAUGAAACAGUCGAAGAAUUUGAUACAGAUGAUGUAAUUAUAGUAUUUUUUGACCUGGAAACUGCUGGAUUAAGAUUCAAGCAUGAAAUAUUACAAAUAUGUGUCAAGGCUGGACAACAAGUAUUCAAAUCAUACAUAACACCAACUCAACCAAUCCACCCAGAAGCUUCAAAAACUAACGGCCUUACGAAAGUGCAUAAAAAACUAUUCCGAUAUGGCGUUGAGGUUCCAACAUUACCGAAAAGAAUAGUUUUUGGAAAAUUGUUAGAAUUUUUGAAAAGUUUAAAAAAGAAAAGUUUGUUUGUCGCACACAAUUGUCCGUUCGAUUCUAGUCGACUAAUUUUAUGUUUACAGAGUUUAUCUCUUCUUGAGUCAUACGAGGAAGUCAUCGACGGAUUUUCGGAUUCAUUGUUUUUAUUUAAACAAAAAUAUCCUAAAAGAGAGAGUGAAUAUAAGCUGACAACACUAGGUACUGAGCUGCUCUCUCUCCCCACAGAAGGAGCUCACGAUGCCUGCUUCGAUGUUAAUUUGCUGGAAAAAUUGACUAGAGCUUGUCUACCUAUCAAUGAUAUUAUAAAUAUUAAAAAGUCUGUUGGAGAUGUUGUUGCUACACUAACUAGCCACGAAAAUGAACAGAAGUUAUUACCAUCGUUCGCUCCUAUGGCUGGUGUUAUCUCCGAUGGAAUGCAAAAGCGUCUAUCUUCGGCUGGAAUAAGUUAUCAAACUAUUGUAGACACUAUAACGGGGUUUUAG